UGCACCCGUCGCAAGUAAUCCCGUCCCCAAUCCUCUAUAUUCUAGUAAUCGAACAAUCCGAGGCUCUCUCUCUAUAUAUAGAGGAGCCUAGUCAUUCCGAUUCUCAAGGCUACUAAUCAAAACACUCAAAACGGGGAAAAAAGGAAAAACAUUUUGUUGCUUCAGUUUCGGUAAGAGAAUGGCAGAAGAAGGACAAGUGGUUGCCUGCCACACCGUUGAUGUCUGGAAAGAGCAAUUCGAGAAGGGAAAAGGGACUCAGAAGCUGAUUGUGGUGGAUUUUACUGCUUCAUGGUGUCCUCCAUGUAAAUUCAUUGCGCCAGUUUUCGCGGAUUUGGCCAAGAAGUUCACCAAUGUCACCUUCUUGAAGGUGGACGUGGAUGAAUUGAAGCCUGUUGCUGCGGAGUGGGAAGUGGAGGCGAUGCCAACUUUUAUUUUCCUGAAAGACGGAAAAUUAGUGGACAAAAUUGUGGGUGCUGAUAAAGAUGGCCUCCCAGCAUUGGUUGAGAAGCACUCGGCUUAUACUGCAUAAUGGGUGGAUGAUGUAUGUUCCCCAGUAGUUUCCGAUGUCCUUCUCUCAAUGCUUAAUUAUGGAUCGUAUGCAUGUAUUUGGCAUGUUUAUUGUCUUGUGUUAAAGUUGUUUCUCGUGAGAAGCUGGUUUGCAAUGUAUAAUAAAGUCUAGUUGAUCUUGCUUGUGUAGUUGUAUUGUUGUAAAGCUGUAUCUUUCUUUUCUUGGGAUGUGCAAGACUCUUGUCAUGCCACAGUGUUGACUGUUAGAAACUGGCUACUGUUUGUUUA